GGGCGGGGCGAACGGAGGAACCACCGGAAGCGGAAGCCGAGUACAGCGUCUUCCUGACCAGGAAGCCUGGGAAAUAUAGUCUAAUGCUCGUCAGGCUCAGCGGGCUGCCGGGUGGCGUCGGCGGUCCUUCUCGUCCCUGCUGUGCUCUCUCGUCGCUCCGCUUCGGUCUUCCCUGCCGCCCCGGGGACUGACCCCGUCCCAGGCCAACCCACUGGACCCCGGUCCUCCUGUCAGGCCCGCAGCAGAGUUCGCUCGGGCUCAGGCAGGCGUAGAGGCGUGGCUCGGUGGUGAGGAACUGAAGUCGGGUGUGCCUGGGCUGCGCUGGGCUGCCCUGCGCGCUAACCUGAGGUUACAAGAGCGCCAUUUUGUGGUACGGAAGUGACAGUGCGACACCUUCCCCUCCCCCCCAAAACCUCUCGGAAUAAUGUCAUACCUGUUUUUCAUCUGGGAAAAGGAGACCCCUAAUUAAGAUCGAGCAAGAUCUGAAAGGUGGCGCUGAUAUUUCCUAACGCCAUGUCCAGAUCCUCCCUCAUCACGUUUACUCCAGCCACUGGCAACAGCGACCUCUGGAAGGAUGGGCAGCGCCAGUCACAGUGUGAGAAGCCAGAGCCUGCCCUGGACGGGGCUGCAGCCCGGGCUUUCUAUGAGGCGCUGAUUACAGAGGAGACGAGCACUUCCUGUAAGCCCCAGAGGCCUGAACCUGUCAGGGAGAGGACGAGGAAGAGGAGAAGGGUGACAGCAGGCGUCUCGAGACCAGGAGGACCCCUUGAGGAUGAAGACAAGAGGACGCAGUGCAUCCUGCUGGCAGCCCAGAAUGGGGAUCUGACAGAACUCCGACGGCUGCUGGAGCCCCGGGAGGCAGGGGGAGCUGGCGGGAACAUCAAUGCCCGCGAUGCCUUCUGGUGGACACCCUUGAUGUGUGCUGCCCGAGCGGGCCAGGGGGCUGCUGUGCGCUACCUUCUGGGCCGCGGGGCUGCCUGGGUAGGGGUGUGUGAGCUGGGAGGCAGAGAUGCUGCUCAGCUGGCUGAAGAGGCAGGCUUCCCUGAGGUGGCUCGCAUGGUCAGAGAGAGUCACGGAGAGACAAGGAGCUCCGAGAGCCCGAACCGGCCUCCCCGUUCCGCCCAGUUCUGUGAGGACUGCGGCGCCCACUUUGAGGACGCUAACCACCGAACAUCUACAGCUCACCUGCUCUCCUUGUCAAGGGGUCCCCAGCCCUCCAGCCUUGCCCUUGGAGUGCCCACCUCCAGCCCUGGCUUCAGGCUGCUGCUGAGGGGUGGCUGGGAACCAGGGAUGGGGCUAGGACCCCGGGGCGAAGGCCGUGCCAAUCCUAUUCCCACUGUCCUCAAGAGGGACCAGGAAGGGUUGGGCUACAGAUGCACGCCCCAGCCACGAGUCACACACUUCCCGGCCGGGGACACCCGCGCGGUGUCCGGGAGAGAGAGGGUGCCUCGUGUCGCCACGCUGAGUCAGAGGGAGAACAGAAAGAGAGCAGAGAAGGACAGAGCCUGGGAGCGAGACCUGAGACUCUAUAUGAACCUUGACUUCUGACUGGGCAGCCUGGCCCUGGCCUGUCUCCGCUGCACUUAGACCACUUGGACCUCCAGACCCUCCGGCCUUGGCUGUUGGGCUGUGCUCUUAGAGAAAAGGCUGAGAGUUAAGAGAUGAAUAAACGUCCCUCACUGUG